CUCGGUGAAUUGCUCUUCGAUACCGAUGCAGAAUCCGUGAUCAGUACGCAGCAGUUGCUCAUGCUGGGCAUGCUUUCCGUAUUGGUUGUCUGCUGCAUCGUCCUCUACACCUUGUCGAAAGAAGAGAAGAAAAAGGGCGCGAAAAAAGAGGUGGAAAUGACCGACCACGUCGCGUCGCCAGCUGGCCUUGAGGACAAAGCGGACCAUCUGGAUCAAGUGCUUGGCUAUCCGUCUUCUUUGACAGGACAAGAGCAUCUUAAGGCCUCAGCUAUAAAUAUUUAUACUUAUAAUGAAAAUCCAUCUUUAAAUAUACAUUUAUACUUAUAAAGCAAAUAAGAUUCUUGACUAUCUAAGGAUCAACAACUUAUACUUAUAAAAAUAUCCAUCUUUGAAUAGAGAUCCAUCUAAAAAGAUUGACUAUUCCACUAUCGUCUAGAACAACUGCAUUAUAAAAAUCCAUCUUUGAAGAUGACCUCCUCCGCAUCUGUAGUAUUCAGCUGUUUUCAAACAGAGAAAAUGAAAAAUUAUAGAAAAGGAGGAUCUAGCGCUAGGCACAUUCAUUCAUUCAUCAAGAGGAGAAAGAUGGAUUGGAGUGUGAGUUCUAAGCAUCAGGCGUCCUAUCUUCGUGUCUCUGGUGCUCAAGUAGACCGAUACCAGGCAGCUGCUGCCGGUGGAGAUGGAGGAGAGAGCAUGAUCUUCGAUGCAGAAAGUGUUGACUUGUUGGACAUAGAAGGUGGUGGAGGUGAGGGUAUUGACAAAUGAUGAAGAUAGGGAUGAUGAUCACUUUGUGGUCCUUCUUGACGAGUUGGUGGAGAACUUAUCUCAUUUGUGUAGGAAAAUUGCAAGUAUUGUAGUAAGUGGGAGCAUUUACUGUAACUUCUUGGUCCCAUACUGAGUAGUUCUAAUUCUUUGAAGGGCAAAUUGAUUAUUAUUUUCUACUAGACGGGCUUCUUAUUCAUUCUCCUGCUACUGCUAGUCGUAUUCAACGACGGGUCAUGUUACCUAGAGUACUAACGUUUAACAGAGGAUAAAUGAGUUGCUAGUUGUUUUACGCCUCCCCCCCUGUUGUUUUACGCCUGCUAAUCCUCCCUUAGAUAUUCAUUAUACCUUGAUGAAGUUGACUUGGAAAUUUAUACAAAAUUGUUUGAGACUUUUAAGAGACGAGUGGUUUAGGAGGUUUGUUGGCCCAAGAAAAGAACGUGCAUCAAAAUAUACGACAUGAGUUACCAUCAACAUCAAAAACGACAAAAACCAAAAAAAAUGAGUAUUAUGAAGCUUCGCAAAAAAAUCAAAAAUGUUAUUCAAAUUUACGUAUACGACCUAUACUGGCGAGCAGUAUAAUUUUCGAAAGAAUAAAUAAUUUCAAUUAUUUUUCGCAAUCACAAAACGCACAUCAUUGCUAAAAUGAUGAAAUAGGUACGGAAAAUGUGCCUUCAAAAAUCAAAAAAUCUUAUUCGCAAAUCAUAAACAACCAAAAUUUUUAGUCGUGCCGAGAAGGCAGAGGCACAUUAGGACUGCAAAAUAUAAAUAAAUGUAUUUUUCGCAAUCAUAAUAGAAACAUCUGAAGACGAUAAGAACGAUGUAAAAAUGUAGCAAUAUCCAUCGAGGAGCGUCAAAAGGACGCUCCCACUUCCAACACGAUAACUAGAACGGCUAGCUCCAGUUCACCAUGCACCUACUUAAACCAAAAAACAUUAUAAGAUAUUAGACGAGGACAAGGAAAAAUGCAAAAAUCAAGGUGUUUUUUUGGAAGUCAUCUUAGGUGAAGUCAAACAACUAGACGUAGACCACAGGAGGCAAUAUCUUAAUAAAAAUGUCUCGACGACGAGAUCUUCAAUCUUGAAGUUCUUGAUACUAAACUAUAACCGCCCUGGUAUCUCAGUUGCAAUUUUUCUAGUACUAGAUUCAUGUUAGUUGGGUAGGCUGUACUAGAUUCGUUUUAAUAGUUGGGUAGCAUCGUGGCGCUGGCUGCUUGAGGGAUAUUAGAGGACGUAGCUCCAACUUACUACAACAACAAUUAUCAGAAUGAAUGUGCCACGACUAGAGGGGAGAUGACUAAGAAAAUUUUCGAAUUCGACUAACACUAGGGUAGUUGUUCACAUAUUCGCCUGAGGCUGCAGGUCAAGAAGCUGUGGACGGCGAGUCAAAGUCAAUUCCUAUCCGAUCCUAGGGAGUGGCUACCAAGUUAGCAUUGGAGGGCGGGGGACUAUAAAAAGAAAGAUCGUGCAUACAUCUGUUCACAAUGAAAUAUUCCUGUUGUACGCCAUACAACGGAGUAUGUCCAUGUCGGGAAGAUGAACACUUCUCUUCUUCCUGAAUCUGAAUCUGGAGAAGAUCAUUGUCACCAAAAGCAUUACUUUUUUAUGGGGAAGAAGGGGAUGUUGAAGAUUGUCGAGAAUGACCACACGGC